AUGCCCGCCGCCGGUGUUGCCAAGAACAAGCCCCAGGCCGUCAAGGCCACUGCCGCCAAGAAGGCUGCCCUCAAGGGUACCUCCGGCGCCAAGGUUCGCAAGGUCCGCACCGACACCACCUUCCGUCGCCCCAAGACCCUCGACCUUGCCAAGAACCCCAAGUUCCCUCGCAAGGCUAUCCCCCACGCUCCUCGCAUGGAUGCUUUCCGCACCAUCCUCUACCCUCUCAACACCGAGUCGGCCAUGAAGAAGAUCGAGGAGAACAACACCAUCGUCUUCAUUGUUGACCGUGCUGCCAACAAGCGUCAGAUCGAGGGUGCUCUUAAGAAGCUCUACGAUGUUUCAGCUGCCAAGAUCAACACUUUGAUCCGCCCUGAUGGCAAGAAGAAGGCUUUCGUUCGUCUUACCCCUGACCAGGAUGCUCUUGACGUUUCCAACCGCAUUGGCUUCCUCUGA